AUGGCUGAAGAUGAUGAGCUUCAAUAUGCACCUUGGUACCGCAUACCAUCGCGUCGUAUCGUAGCUGUCGAACAUCCCGGUAUUGUCAAAAAUGUCGACAGAGCGAUAAAAACACUACAAAGUGAUACCGGCAUCUCCAAGAUACUGGACCCAUCCAAACCGGGCAGCAAAGUUCAACUAUGCCUGCGUCCGGAGGACCCCAUGGCAAGCACCAUAGACUCAUCUAAUCGACAAACAGACAACAUCCUGCUCAAAGUGACGGUCCCCAAAUGGACAGGCGGGAAACGAAAACGAGGCAGUGAUGAGCCCUUCUCAGACGGUCCACCCUCUACGCCGGAAGAUAUUGAAAAGGAACGACAGAGCUGUGCAUUCAGACAACGGAGUUUGAUGGAUAAUGCGCAUCGGUACUCUGUUGAACCUGUUGGUACAGUUACGAGGACGCAUAAUUUUAGGAAAAUUCCUGAUUAUGUGUAUUCUACGGCGAAGAGUCCAUUUGUACAGAAAUUUCGGGAGACAAUUCUUCCUUUUGAAUACGAGAAAAUGAGGAAAUUCGACAUCUCCAUGAGCAGAGGAGAAACAAAAAAUGUCGAUCUAAUCCCUCCGCCAGCAUUUACCAAAACUUUCAUCCCUUUUCAAUACACGUAUCGUCAAAAUCCAACAGUGAAAUUGUCCCAAGACACGUCCGGCAAUGUUACAGCCAUCAACACACAGAUGCCAAACAAGGUCUUCACGCAUCUCGUAACUUGCGAUGUGCCCGAAGUACCAUCCGAACCACGCGAAGGAAUCCCGCCUAUAUCCAGUCUCGACCCAGAUCUUCAAAACGUCAUCGCUACCGUUCAGAAACUUUUCGAAGAGCGGUUAGCAUGGACUCGUCGUGCUUUACUCAACGCAAUUCCCGGUAAAGACCAACGCUACGUCUUGAAAUACGCAAUUAGUUAUGUGGGCUAUAUAUUUCGCUCAGGACCAUGGCGAGAUGCAAUCGUGAAAUUGGGCCAUGAUCCGCGCAAGGACGUCGAAUCUCGCAAAUAUCAAACCUUUGUCUUUCGUAUCCUAGCCCGGGAACCGGAAAUAGGUCGAGACGGCGGUGGGAGCGCAAAACAACAUCAACAAUCAACAACCUCAGGCAGCUCGCGUGGCUUUAGCGGUCUCGAUAUCAGUUCCAUCCCAACAGUAACACACACAGAAAACCCCAACAGUCAUCUUUGGACCGGUAAAGCCCCUCUAGCCCUGGACGGUAAAAUCUGGAUGGUCUGCGACAUCGUAGAUCCCAUCCUCAAACAGAUCCUCUACCCACCCAACGCGGACCCUAACACUUUUCUGCGGAGUGAAUGCGAAAUCUUCAGCGACGGCUGGUACGGCAGCGGCACCAUUGCAAAGGUAAAAGUAAUUAUGCGACAAAAGAUCCAUGCCUUGUCGCAGGAACAUCGCGAACCGAGUGAUGCAGAGUAUGAAUGUUUAUUGGGAUUUCCGGAUCAUGUUACUGAAGAAAGUGGAACGAGGCUGGAAGGGUUCCAUUUGGAUGCUGAGAAGGCGACGCCUAGAGAAACGAUGCUUGCGACAGAGGUUAGGGCGACGAUUAAGGGGGCUAUCAGUUGGAGGAGGAUGAUGGCUGGGCAGAAGGUGAAAACGGCUACGACGGCGGCGACGACGACGACUACUGCGAGUACGUCGAUGGAGACGGCGGAGGAUGAGGAGGAGAGGGAGGCUACGAGAAGGGUUAUUGAAGAAGAAGAGGAAGAGGAUGAGGAGGAAGAGGAGGAGGAGGUUAACGAAAAUGAGGAUAAUGACGAUAUGGAUGUUGGUGGUCGGAGUUUUGACUCCGAGUGA